UUUUUAAUAAUUGAAGGUAUAAUAAAAUGGAUCUCAGCCCUCUAAAAAGCAACAUAAAGAAGCGAAGAAAGAAGACCUUCAAAAAGCUCUCGGUUGCCCAGGUUCCCCAGAUCGUGAUCUCUAGAGCUAUAUCCAAAUAAAUUUAAUAACAACAACAGAGUAGUAAAAUCUAAGUCAAGGUCAGGCUCACGGAAGUCAACAGGUAGGAAGAAGAAGAGCUUCAUCUACCUCAAGAAGAGAGGGAGGUCUAACGAGAAAGAAAAGGACCAGAAUAUCCUCCUUCCUCCUCUGUUCAUGCAGCACAUUGGAUCACAGGUGAAACUUCCUAAAAUUCAAACAUCCAAAGGUCGUCGCAAGAGCAAGAAAUCUGCCAGAGGUAGCGCCUCCAGGAGCAAAAGUGGAAAAAGAAAGAAAACAUUAGCCAAGAUUUCAGUCAAAUCUAACAAUUCCUUCAAAGGGUUGAAAUGAGGUGCCCUUACUCCUUCGAGAAUAGCUAAUUAUAUAACUAAGAACAACUCUUCAUCUAGAAGAAUUGAUCCAAGCAAGAAAGGGAAAUCAAUCAGUGAUUUUAAAGUAUACCCUAUAACCAAGCGCAAUCCUCGGUUUAGUAAAAUAGAAAACAGUCCGUUAUAUGCAGCUUUACCAAAAUAACCUUAAAUCUCAGCUCCAAAGCCGUCCACAGAAAUAUGGAAGUUCAAAGGACAUAAAACCGGUUGCAAAGGCUUCAUCAACCUCUGAAUUUUCAAGUGCGAUCAGUAAACUCAAAGCCAGCCAUACACCCUCUCACAAAGAAAUCAAGCUCAAUAAACAAUAUCACUACAAAGCUUCUUUUGAGUCUCCAUUCAACAAAUAAGCACGAUACGAGUCAAAUCUCUGAAAAUGAAUUUGCCUCUUUUGUUGAGGCGAAGUUGAACCUGACUAGCAUGGUUCAGAACUCCAAAACUAUCGAAGACAUGGUAAAAACUCCUCGAAAUGGGAGUUAUCUCCAAUGUAGCGCUUCUAAGGACUCACCUAUGCGCAAGAAGUCACCUAAGGAAAUAAAGAUUGUCCAAGUCCCUGAAGAGACAGACCUGUACCAAGAAACCAACCUGGUCAAAGGUCGUGCUCCGAACAGCAAAAAUUUCAUUGUGAAUAAAAUUUUCAAGAAGAAAAAGAACGCAAUUAAGUAUAUUCUCAAAAGGAAGGAAAAUACUCAAAAUAAGCCUAUCAUUAAUCGACUGAACAAGCCACCCUUGACACUUGAGGAAGCGGAGGAUAAACAAAAUGAACUCUCCAAGUUUACAUUCAAUCCUAAGCAGGACCAAAGUUCAGCACUUGAUAGCCAAAUAGGGUACAUUCGAGUUGAAAAUCCAGAUCAGAAGGAAGAAAUUAAGAGGUCUCCUAAACUCCUCAACAAUGACAGGAGUAGCUAUACCAACUUUAUUGAGGAGCCUCAAGUGUCAAAUAUCCAAUUUGAGCCAUGCAAUUACAUCAACGACUCAUGUAGUGAUAGCUCUGAGAAGAUCAAGGAUGUAAAUCUCAGUGACCUAAUGCACUCAGUCUCCUCGCAAUCCCGAGAAGGGUCUCCUGAAAGCUGCUUUGAGUCCAGAGCGAAGUACGAUGACUCCCCGACCCCUGUUAAGCCUAAUGAGCGUUACAGAUUUAUCAAUCCCUCAGAUGAGAGUUUGGUAGUACUUCAAGAGUCAGAAUCAUUCCAAUAAAAAUUAUUCUACAUUUUUCAACA